ACAGGCCAAUUUAAUAGAGAUUAAUUAACAGAAUCUUUUGUUAAUAGUUAGUUUACUUACCUUUUGACCCCUAGAUAUUGAAGUCGUUUACUUAGCUUUAGCGAUAAAGUAAGUAUUAAGUAUGUUGAUGGAAUUCUUUUGUACUCAGUUGUUAUCACGUACGUCUCAAGAAAGAUUGUAUAAAUUGUAUAAAUCGUAGUUUCUGUUUUUUUUUUCAAAUCAUGGUUAAAGUUGGUGUAAUUGGUGCUGGGAUAAAUGGAAUAGCUUGUGCACUUCGGAUCAAAGAAAUAUACCCAAAUUUUGAGGUGGUAGUGUUAUCAGAAGAGUUCAGUCCGGACACGACUGGGGAUGGGUCUGGAGGUCUUUGGUAUCCUUAUUGCUGUGGGAAUACUCCAGGGCAUCUUCUUAAUAAAUGGGGUGGUGAAACUUAUAAGUUCCUGCACUCAUGCUGGCUGAAAGGCGGUCACAACGUGAGCAUCGGGCCAGUCUACUCCCUGAGUAAAGACCAUAACAAAGAAACUCUGGCGUGGAGCUCGGCAGUCUUCGGAUUCCGGGACUUAGAGCCACGGCAGUUGGAAUACCUGAACCGGCUGUACUCUGCCGACUAUGUUUCUGGCCACACGUUCACAACCUUCAUCGUCCACACAACCUCUAUGCUAUCAUACCUAUACUCCCGCUUCGUCCGCGCCGGCGGUGAGCUAAAGCGGGCCAAGGUGACUUCUUUACGGGACCCCGUUCUUGAAGACUACGACGUGGUGGUCAACUGUACUGGUCUUGGAGCGAGAGAUUUGGUCCCUGAUUCCGGGGUGUUCCCGGUUAGGGGACAGGUCGUAAGAGUUGAUGCCCCGUGGCAGAACGACACAGUCUUGGACAAAAGCUCUGGACACUACAUAAUACCUAACGCCGAGACAGUGGUGUUAGGCGGCACGCAACAAGACCACGAUUUCAAUACGGGAACAAAUCCAAAGGACACAGAGUUCAUUCUUAAUGGAUGUUGCUCAAGGAUUCCUACGAUGAAGGCGGCUAAAAUAGUAAAACACUGGACAGGUCUGCGACCUGGACGAGACCAAGUCAGGUUGGAGUUAGAAAUUGUGGAUGGAAGACUAGUCAUACACAACUACGGACACGGUGGGAGUGGCGUUACGUUGUUCUGGGGGUGCGCAAGCAAUGUCCUAGAUUUGCUGCAGGCAUAUUUGAACCAAAUAGAAAGACCCGUAACGUCCAAAUUAUAAUAAAGAUACCGGAGACGGUGCUAACACAGCUUUACACACCUUUCUGCGACACGAUGUAGAUAUAUCCAUCUCACUUCUUCGUAUUGCUGCGUCCUUGUUGUCAGUUACUAAAUUGAGAAAACUGGCUGUAAAGAUUUGGGUUAAUUUUUUUCAUGUGUUGUUUUAUAUUAACAUUAAAUAUAUAUGUUCUAUGUUGUAUUGUA